AUGAUUUUUGAGAAAGUUCAAACAAAAGAAAGAAAACUCAAGUCUUGGGACAAGCAGCACCAAAGUCAAGGAUUGAAGGGAAAAGAUCCUGCUCGCAUGAACCCCCAGCAUGUCAAGUCUUCGAAGCCUCAGGAUAUAUCAAUUGAGCAAUUGGAGCAAAUCAAGUGGACGAUGAUAACCAUUUCAACGGAAUUGAAGAAUUUGCUUGCCAUAUGUCCAAAGUUGGCCGAAAUGGACUUGAGCGAACUUGAUGAAUACUAUGAUCAGGGGUUUUACGAGCACAAACCUCCUGAGUCUACGAUUGAUAAGACCAAAACUAAAUCGCCUUCUACUGUAUUAAUUGAGAACCUUGAUAUCAAUGUUUCUCAUAUCAUUCGAGAAUCGCCCAUUAUUCGUACAGCUUGGGAAAUAAAGCACUCCUAUGAGGGAUACCAGUUACCAAUUCUUGAUAGUAUCAUGAAUUUUGAAUCUCUCCCAGUAGUGGAUAAAUAUGUGUCGCCCUAUAGACCCAGUACGUCAGAUAUCGAAGAUAGUAAUGAUGUCAUCUACUGGCCACCGCCUUUACCCCCAAUAAAGGACAAGCGGUUGGAAAACCAAGUUUUUACUCACAAGUCGGUUGCAAAUGAAUGGGGCAAUUAUAAACAAACAAAAGACAACGAGAGACUUGAAUUUAUCGGUGAUGCAGUCUUGAAUUUCACAGUUUCAAAUAUUAUUUACGAAUGGUUUCCCGAUGCCAACGAGGGCGAUUUGACUAAUAUGCGCUCUCUUCUUGCAUGUAAUUCAACUUUGUGGGAUGUGUGUACCAUGUAUGGAAUUGACAAAAGCUUGGAUACCGGCUUUGAGAUGAUUAGUGAAAUUGAUGGUAAGAAGUCUAAAGUGGUAGCUGAUAUCAUGGAAGCCUAUAUUGGUGCUCUGUACACUGAGACUGAGGAGGGUCCUACCGUCGUAAAAGAAUGGCUAAUAGACCUGUUCAAGCCAAUGAUGAGAGAACUACAUAAACAGAAAGUGGCAGAAGAGCCUAUCGACAGGGAGGCCAAACAGAGAUUGUAUGGAUUGAUUAGUAUUGCAGAUGUGGGCCCCGAAUAUACCACUUUAAUUGAAGGCAACAGCGAGUACCCUUUUGUUGUACAAUGUGUGAUGGGGGGCGAAGUUAUUGGGGUAGGUGUGGGUAACUCUAUGAAAACAGCAGGGCUCCGGGCUGCAAUGAUGGCUCUUUCUACUCCGGUGACUAUUUCUAGAUGGCUUGCAAAAAGAAGACAAGUUAGUAUGGGAAGGACCGUUAUUCCAAAAGCAAGUUCAUCCAAAAAACAAGCAACCAAGUCACCCGGUACUGGCCCCAAAUCGGAGCUUUAUGCUAUAAUUGGAUCAGCGGAACAGCGUCCUGUUUAUUCUUGUAUACCAGUCGCCGAAGGCUUUAAAGCCAAGGUCUCUAUUUUUGGGGAAUUCUUAGGAGAAGGAAUCGGUCGUACCAAGAAACUUGCUGAAGCAGAGGCAGCACAAGAUGCUCUCGUGAAUAAUAAAUCCACAAUUUCCAGAUGGGCUAUCGCCACUAAGGAUUGA